AUGCCACAACUAAACCCCGCCCCUUGAUUUAUAAUCCUGUUUUUCUCAUGACUUGUAUUUCUAACUGUCAUCCCUCCAAAAAUUCUGGCCCACAAAUUCCCUAAUGAACCUUCCCUAACCACCGCCGAGAAAACAAAAACAAAAUCUUGAACUUGACCAUGAUACUAA